AAUCCGACUACUCAUCAAUGUGUGAUGGUGAAUAAAGAGUCGUUGAAGGACGCUAUUCAAAAAGCCUUGAAAAGUGGAGACUGGUUAGACUUGGAUGCUUAUUUCAAAGCUGUUAUUGAAGGACUUGAAGAUUUUCAGACGUUCUAUGAACUGCUUCCUUCAUUUUUAUGUCAAGUUUUUGGUUAUGAACAAGCAGGUAUUCUAGACUCAGUUGAAACUUUGGAUAACAAUAGAAAUACCAUUCUUCGUCUUCUUGGACCCAGAAGCAACUUCUUUUUCUGUUUAGAAAAAUGUAGCUCGAGUUUCACUUUUUAUUUCCCUGUUUCGAACUUACCUUUAUGGCUACAAAGAGCCCUUGAAGAACAACAUUCUCCCGUCAGCUCACAAAGUAGCUUGUUAAAUACAAUUGUUGGCAAAGAGGUUUUUCUAUCUUUCUGCAAGGGUCGACUUCGACAAAAUGCUGUCCAAGAACUGGAGUUGAAUACCACAGAAUAUUUUCUUUUUUGUUUGAUUGCCAAUGCUUUUUGGAAGAAAGAUUUGCCAGUCUUGGAAGGAGACUCCCCAGUUCCAAGUAGAGCCUUUCACCCUGCUCUAGAGCUUAAACAAUUUCUAUCCCCGAGGCAGGGUUCUGGAGGAGUGCCAAGUCAGCAUUGUUUGAAACUUGAAAGAUGGUUGAAUUUAUACUUUUUAUAUAUGUAUCUCGUUUACUUUAUUCCAAGAAAAGAAGCCAUAUGUUUUCUGGACGGUAGAGAUGCUUAUUUCGCUAGGAAAUACGGCGAAUUCUUUUGGCAACUUUUUUGUAAUUUUUAUACACUGAGUGAAGAAUCUUUUAUGACAAGCUCAGGAUCACUGCCAUCGAAAUUCGUAUUUUGUAUAUUGACUGUUGCAAUUUCAUACAUUCGUCCUUUGUUUGUUAAUACAGAUCGUCAAACAGUUUACGAUGAGCGAUAUUUAUCAUCAGACAAAAGAGAAUUAAAACUUUUCACUUCUGACGAUGCUUGGAACUUUACCGUUCGAGGUAUAAUCGAAUUUUUACACCUCUGCAGUGUACAGUGGUCUGAGUCACAAGUAUUGGUUGACUUUAUCUAUCUUGCUUGUUGUAUAUUUGCUAUGGCCACUCCAUGGAUGCCUAUCGAAGUGUGGUUAAACAUUCCUAGCUCUAUUCGCCUUAUUGGAUCGAAUGUUGAAUUCAGUUACAAUGCAGCCAACUCCAAAGUUUCCACGGAUCAGUCCUUUACAAAAAACUCAUUCGAAGGGUCAAAUACCAUUCAGGAAACUUGUGCAAUAGAUUGGAGUGAUUUUAUCCGUAGCUACAAGGACUUAUAUGGUGCUCUGAUUCCUUUCAUCAUUCGAAAGGCAGCGAUCUUGGGUGCUUUCAAAAAUUCGCACUUUCUCUUGCAGUUGAAAUCUUUAUCAAACAGUUUUCAUUGUCGUAGCUUUGAAGAAGAAGAUUCCUUAUUCGUUCUCAUAAGGAAUGCAUAUGCUCAUGUCUCGGAAACUUAUGAUCAGUCUUUGUACUCGCUCUCGAAUGCUGGUGAACUUUGUGCCUUUCCAUUUUUUCACCAAGGAAUUUAUAGGGAUCUUAAAAACUUUCAAGGUGAAACACUCAAGCUUCUUUUUGAGUCCUGGAAACUGUUGCGACCAUCUAGUCGCAUUGGAAUAGUACUUCAAAAUGAUUUAUCUUUUGGUAGUUCUUCGUCAGACUUGAGAUUUCCAAAGGAGUUUUUAAAGGAGUUUAGAGGUUUAUUUCUAGUCUUGAACCUCGGAAAUUCUUCCAUUUCCACGUCUUCUCUUGUAGAAAAUGCUCCGACGACUUCAAAAAAUCUGUUUCGUUAUCCUUACAUGGGAGAGCCCUCAAAUGUAGGCUCGAAACAAUCACAGACAAGAACAAAUGAAAUGACAUCUGUCAGAUAUGUUAAAAGGGCUAUAAAAUAUCAUGGAGAUCCUUGGUUGGCUCCUAUAUGUUCCUACGAAUGUGAAUCUUUGGUUCGUUUUUUGUAUCAGGUGCAUCUCUUUCUAUUGAGCAAAUUUCAUAUCGAUUUGAAUUUUCGGUUUUUGGCUUCUUACUUCUUUCUUUGCUAUUUCGUGAUAUUGUUUCUAGUGCUGUGGUUUGUUCUCUAUUAGCAGAAUACAAGGCUUGAAAAUGAUGAAUGGAUUGACGAAUAGUAAUGUGUACUCGCUUCUUUUGCUGGAAUGCUCGUUUUAUAUUCCAAGUCGUGCUUCCAAGUUUAUACAAAGAGUGUAAACUAAUUUCGUACGCCCUAAGGCUUCAAGAUAGCAUCUUCAACUUGUUCCUUUGAAUGACUAUAUCAGUCGAUGGAACUUUUACUGUAUUGUGUAUAUUCUAUAGAGCAUUAGGUUUUUCUCUUUGAAAGGGAAGCUCUUGUUUAAGACACAUAAAGAUAAACUUGUGCCGAGAUAUAUUUGUUUGUUUACACAUGGAGUUGGCUGUUUGAAAUCAUAUGUGGAAUGCCCAUAGUUCCUAGCUAAGGAAGAAGCCUCUGUCGAGAUGGAUGCUUUAACGAAAAUGGAAGGAAGAUUUGAAAGAAUUCAGUAUUCUAGUUACUUUCUCAUUCUCUGGUUUUCGGGAACCCAUUGAAGCUUCCCUGAUUGUAGUUGGUUAUUCGAGUAGAACAGAGGAACACAUAGUUUCUGAUAAAGUUAUUAUACAAGUUUAUUUUGCAACUCGUUCUGGGUUUUUUUGUUCUUAUAGAAGACAGACAUGAGGUUGAAAGAGUCCUUCGGUAUUCUCAAUCAAGUAGGAAGCUGACGGAUAACAAAAGUUCCAAUUUGAGAUAUCGUGAAUGAACUUGUGGCAUCAAUU